CCAGAGCAAUAAAGAGAAGAGAGAACUCAAGGAGAAGAAAAAUAAAAUUUUUCUUUUCUCUGUAAUCUCUCUCUCUCUACUACAACCUUUCUUCUCUGGUUGAAGUAAAAAGGAAGAGAGAGAUGGGUUGUGAGAAUUUCUUCUACACCCUCAUCAUAACCUUCUCAGUAGCUCUGAUUACAUACAACGUUAUCAUCUCUGCAAAUGCUCCUCUCAAGCAGGACUUCCCGGGCCCUGGAGGCGCAUUCUCGUCAGGGUCUCCUCGUCUCUUCUCAGUGGAUCCCAUCAUCAAGAUGCCCGCGGAUCGAUCACAGACCCAUUCGAAGAAGAGGCUGUUUCACACGGCGGUCACGGCCUCGGAUUCGGUGUACAACACAUGGCAGUGUAGGAUUAUGUACUACUGGUUCAAGAAGUUCAAGAACGGACCCAAUUCUGAAAUGGGUGGGUUUACCAGGAUUUUGCAUUCUGGGAAGCCUGAUAAGUUCAUGGAUGAGAUUCCCACUUUUAUUGCUCAGCCCCUUCCAGCUGGAAUGGAUCAGGGAUACAUUGUUCUAAAUAGACCUUGGGCAUUCGUACAGUGGCUUCAGCAAGCAAACAUAAAAGAAGAUUAUAUACUGAUGGCAGAACCAGACCAUAUUAUUGUCAAACCCAUACCUAACCUAUCAAGGGAUGGUCUUGGAGCUGCAUUUCCUUUCUUCUAUAUUGAGCCCAAAAAGUAUGAGACAGUUCUUCGCAAGUUUUUCCCUGUAAACAAGGGGCCAAUCACCAACAUCGACCCAAUAGGGAAUUCUCCAGUCAUUGUUGGUAAGGCAUCUCUUAUGAAGAUUGCUCCAACCUGGAUGAAUGUUUCCUUGGCAAUGAAGAAGGACCCUGAAGCAGAUAAAGCAUUUGGUUGGGUGCUUGAGAUGUAUGCUUAUGCUGUUGCAUCAGCUUUGCAUGGUGUGGGUAACAUCUUGUACAAGGACUUCAUGAUUCAGCCUCCCUGGGACACAGAAAUAGGCAAGAAGUUCAUAAUCCAUUAUACUUAUGGAUGUGACUAUGAUUUGAAGGGUAAACUCAUGUAUGGAAAGUUUGGAGAAUGGAGGUUUGACAAAAGAUCAUAUGACCACACCUGGCCUCCAAGAAACCUUCCUUUGCCUCCUGCUGGUGUCCCAGAGAGUGUGGUAACUUUGGUGAAAAUGAUUAAUGAAGCAACGGAAAACAUUCCUAACUGGGGAGCAUAGGUAAGAAGAAAAGUUUGUGAACCUACUGGAUAUAGAGUUGCCCUGGUUGAUGGCAAAAGUGUAUGCAAACCACAUUCAUGCUGAUAUGAAGCAUACCUUUGUAAAGUAUAUAAAUGUCUUUUGGCAUUUGAACUGCCACCCACAUCCAGGUGAUGAGCAGGAAGUCAGAAAAUUUUGAACAUCUGAUACCAUAAGCAAAUCUAUGUCUAAUCUUGAUGUUUUUCUUUGUAUGUUUUCCUUUUGAACAUCUGAUACCAUAAAUGUCUUUUGGCGUUUGUUCUGCAA